AGACUGUCAGCCAAUAGGGAUGGUGCAGGGCGGAGAGCAUCUCUCGUUAUUAUCGCCCACCCUUCUCUUGUUGCCGCCGCUCGGCGUGUGUUGUUGAUGCGGUCUCCAGCUGCACGCCGCCUGUAUUCCUGCCAAUGGACUGUACGGUUUCUCUUCAGGUGCAGCAUCAUCUGACAGUGUAUCCCAACCAACUAUACCAAGGAUACAGUUUUGAGCUACAGAUGAAGUCUACUGAAGUGGAUCAGGCACUCUUCACUGACACCUACUGCAAAGUAUGCAGCGCCCAGCUCAUAUCUGACUCCCAGAGGGUCGCCCACUACGAGAGUCGAAAACAUGCAAACAAAGUGCGACUCUAUUACAUGCUACAUCCAGUUGAUGGAGGCUGUCCGGCAAAGAAGCUACGAACGGAGGGCAGUGAAGAGGGUGAUGUGGAUAAGAACAAGUGCUGUACACUCUGCAACAUGUCCUUCACUUCUGCCGUGGUGGCACAGUCCCACUACCAGGGCAAGAUCCACGCCAAGAGGCUAAGACUACUCCUAGGGGAGCCACCAGCCAUCACCUCCAAAGAGCUGACGGCCAGCACGGGGCAGGUGGCGGCAGGGGAGAUGCCCGCGUCGGUGCCCUCCAGACAGGGCCGUGUGUCCCACCGCUACUGCCAGCUGUGCAAGGCCUGGUUCAACAACCCCAGCAUGGCGCAGCAGCACUACGACGGCAAGAAGCACAAGAAGAACGCGGCGAGGGCCCAGCUACUGGAACAGCUGGGGGAGAGCCUGGAGCUGGGCGAGCUCAAUGGCCUGAAGCGAAGCCACACAUGUGACGUCUGCCAUGUCACCCUCAACUCAGUGGCCCAGUACCACGCACACCUGCAGGGCUCCAAACAUCAGAAUAAUUUGAAGAAUCAGUGAAUUUCAGAAUCUCACCAAGUGUUGGAUUUCCUGUCGGGCCGCCUCAGCCUAUCGUCUGCCCACUUUUCUCUAAGUUCUCCUCCUGGUCUGAUCUCUCUCCUCUUCUCCUCCAUCACUGUGUUUCCCUAAACAAAUUAAACCAGAGAAAAUACUUCAGGUGUCGUUUUGCCUUGUGAAAACCCCUUUAACCAUCCUGAAAACCUGAUGUCAACACACUUUGAGGCAGAACUCGAAAAAGACUACUGUAAGAUGUCAAACACUGGAUGUGACUAAAGACACACCUUCCUCCUGACAUUCCUCAUGGCAAUGGCGACGUCCCCACUGGAUCCGUGGUGGAGUGAUUUUGUGAACACACACAAGCAGAGAUUCUGAGGAGUGAACCGUGCUUCAUACCAUACAGACUGUGUCAGUAGCCUAUACUGUAUAUACAGUACCUACGUACAUUGCAUCAGAACCAUAUUGUGAAGCUUCUUUACUUUCUGAUUCACAAAUGCUGCUCUUGGGACAGGUAUGUGCUGUGUCUAUGUUUGAUAUUAGGCUCAUGUUUAACGCGUAAGCUUUGAUAGCUAGCUACGUUGAUAUCAUAAGCUGCCUGUAUCAUACCAUCUCUAUGGUCACCUUUUGUCAACCCUGAAGGGUCCACACCAUGCUAAAUAUGAUAUUAUUGGUUAUUUUGGGUGGAUUUCAGUCCUACAGGGUUUGGCUUGCUCUUGUGGGUGUAAAUUAUUCACAUUUUCUCUAAUUUGGCUUCAUUUUGUCGUGACAGAUGUGCUCUUUGUCUCAGGGAUGUCUGAUUGAUCACAGACCAUGAAGCAAGGACAUGGACAUUCAGUUACUGUUUAAUCAUGUCUGUUUAACAGGGAAAUAUGUGUAACUUUCCGGUAUAUUAUAUAGUCUAGAGCCUAUAUUAAAAAAAUAUGUAAUUUAUAUUAAUUUAUCUGGCUGAUACUAGAUGAUACUAAAGGAUGAUGAUGGAUGUCUAUGUUUUAUUCUGCCAGAUUUUAUUUUUCACAACUCAAUUCUACUGUAAGUAAUAUAAUAUAUAUUACCUCAGUAAUAGAUGGAGGACUGCGCUCUAAUACUGUAUGUUCUGUCUGCUGGCCUUACAGGAUGCUGGUAAAUUACUGUAUUAGCCAAGUGAGUGACUUUUAAAUUGCCCUUGUGUGCUUCUCUGCUCUGUGA